AUGUCCUUCAAAGCAGGUGACGCUGGCAAGGGUGCGGGCCUCUUCAAGACCCGUUGCGCUCAGUGCCAUACUCUUGGUGCUGGCGAGCCCCACAAGGUCGGCCCCAACCUCCACGGUGUGUUCGGUCGUAAGACUGGCCAGGCGGACGGCUACUCGUACACUGCUGCGAACGUGAACAAGGGUAUCACCUGGACGGAGCAGACUCUCUUCGAGUACCUCGAGAACCCCAAAAAGUACAUCCCAGGUACUAAGAUGGCGUUCGCGGGUCUCAAGAAGGAGAAGGACCGCAACGACCUCGUCACGUACCUCAAGGAGGCGACCGCAUGA